AUGUCUACAGUUGCCACUGCCAGUUCAUAUUUUGAAGAGCAAUCAGUCGAACCUCAAAUUCGUCAUCGAUUAGUCAAACCAGUUGAAAACAAGAUGAUACCAUUAUUCACUCGUCGUUACACAUCGUCACGUAGUUUCUACUCAAUUCGAAAUCUUUUAUUUAUUCUGAUCUUCAUAACCUUUGUAUUUAUCCUAUACUCAUCUCUAUCAUUAUCUCCGUUACUUCGUUUUCUCGAUCCGUAUUCUUAUGUAUUAGUGAUAGACGCAGGUUCCACUGGAACGCGUAUUCAUGUUUAUAAAUUUCGUGCAGCGACUGACAAUGAGAAUGGUGAUACAUUUGUGCUAAAGAAUGAAGUGUUCAAGGAACGUAAACCCGGUUUAUCAUCAUUUGCUGAUCAAGUCGAUGGAGCUGAAGAUCAAAUUGAUGAAUUAUUAAAAAUUGCNCUGCAGCUUGUAUCAUGGCAUGCUUAUGAAUUAGAUCAUGGUUUACCUCGAGAUGGUUCACUUCUCAAGAUGGAUCGUUAUAAACAAAAGUUUGGUGAAGCACGUAUUAAACAAAUGUUACCAACAAUGAUGGAAACAGGAAAACAAGAAGGAAUUCAAUUUUCAUUUGGUGGAAAAAUUGGCUCCACUUUUGAUUCACAUCGUCUUCUUUAUUAUGUUAAACAACAAGAGAAUGGUGAACAGAAACAGAAUGCUUUGAUCAAUGUUUUAUUUCGUGCUUAUUUCGAACAAGAACAAGAUCUAGCUGACCAUCAGGUUUUAAUCAAAGCGGCUGAAGAAAUUGGACAAGAUGGAAAUCAAGUAAAACAGUUUCUUCAAUCGGAUCAAUAUAAAAAAGAAAUUCAAGAUGAAAUCAAUCACAGUCAACAAGAGGGAAUUUCCGGUGUUCCACAUUUCGUUAUCAAUGACAAAGUCGAACUGAGUGGUGCACAAGAUCCUCAGCAAUUUCUUCAAGCUUUUCGAAAAGCUGGCAUUGCUUUUUAA